AUGGUUUCCACAACUGCAACUGCAAUAAUACUGGCCAGUACAGUAGGAAUGGCAACCCACACUGCCCUGACAGACUAUAUGUGGUUGCUGAUUGUCGGCUUUGUCAUUGCCUUCAUUUUGGCCUUUUCUGUGGGUGCCAACGAUGUCGCAAAUUCAUUUGGCACCGCUGUUGGCUCUGGAGUUGUAACCCUGCGACAGGCAUGCAUUCUAGCUACAGUAUUUGAGACCCUGGGAUCUGUUCUCCUCGGGGCCAAAGUGAGUGAAACCAUCCGCGAGGGUAUCAUCGAUGUAGGAAUGUACAAUGGCUCUGAGCACGUGUUAAUGGCUGGAUCUGUCAGUGCCAUGGUUGGCUCUGCCAUAUGGCAGCUGGCUGCCUCUUUCCUUAAGCUCCCGAUCUCUGGAACACACUGCAUUGUUGGUGCUACAGUCGGCUUCUCGCUAGUCUCCAAAGGCCAGCAGGGAGUCAGGUGGUUAAAACUCGUCCACAUUGUUGCUUCCUGGUUCCUAAGCCCCCUUUUAUCUGGAAUAAUGUCUGGAGUGGUUUUCUACUUCGUACGCAUGUUCAUCUUACAUAAGAAAGAUCCUGUGCCUAAUGGUUUGAAGGCCCUGCCUGUCUUUUAUGCCGUGACCAUGGGAAUCAACCUGUUUUCCAUCAUGUUCAGUGGAGCACCGAUGCUGGGAUUUGACAAGAUCCCUUGGUGGGGCAUCCUGCUCAUCUCAUUGGCCUUUGCUGUGGUGACGGCUAUUGUGGUCUGGUUCAUUGUCUGCCCAUUCCUGAAGAAGAAAAUUGAACGAGAUAUCAAGUCUUCCAGCCCCUCAGAGAGCCCCCUGAUGGAAAAGAGAGAGCUCAAAGAGGCCCACUGUGCUAUCCUGAAACAGACUGCCAACGAUACGUCUACACCUACUGCGCCGGCUGUUAAUCAGAGCCCCUCUUCUCAACCCCCUGCUGCCCCGGAGGAACGCAGGGUGGCGUUUGACAUCGGAGAUUCUGAUGACACCGAGUACAGCAGUGAAGUACAAAAUGGUGCUCCCAAACAGACUCAGACAGACCAAGUGCAGCUAAACGGUGAGCAGGUCCAGCACAGCAAUGGUUCUGCCCCCAGUCAGGUCCAGUUCGGCAACCAUGUACAGUUCAGCAACAGGCCGGCACAUGUACCAAGCAACGGUUACAGCCAGUACCACACAGUGCACAAGGACUCGGGCCUCUACAAAGACCUCCUGCACAAGCUCCACCUGGCCAAGGUGGGCGACUGCAUGGGCGAGGCCGGAGACCGCCCCAUCCGGCGGAACAACAGCUAUACCUCCUACACCAUGGCCAUCAUCGGCAUGCACGCUGACAUCAAGCACAGAGAGGGGGAGUUCCGUGCAGGUGUGGACGUCGACAAGGGCCCGGGGUCAGGCUGCCAGGAAAGGAAGCGCGUGCGCAUGGACAGCUACACCAGCUACUGCAACGCGGUGGCCGAGACCACAGCCACCGAGGGGCUGGCAGAGGGGGAUGUGACGCUGGAGAUGGGGAAGGAAGAUGCCGGCAGCAGCCGGAGCUCCCUGGAUGAAGACCGGCACGAUGAGGACAAGCCAGAAGUCUCGACUCUGUUCCAGUUUCUCCAAAUUCUCACCGCCUGCUUCGGAUCCUUCGCCCACGGGGGAAAUGACGUGAGCAAUGCCAUUGGACCCUUGGUUGCUCUGUGGCUGGUUUACACAACCAGCAGCGUGACCUCAAGCGAACCUACACCCAUUUGGCUUCUGCUGUACGGUGGCGUUGGCAUUUGUGCUGGACUCUGGGUUUGGGGUCGCAGGGUGAUCCAGACCAUGGGCAAGGACCUCACCCCCAUUACACCUUCAAGUGGUUUCAGCAUUGAAUUGGCUUCAGCCGUGACGGUGGUGGUUGCCUCUAACGUUGGCCUGCCUGUGUCCACCACCCACUGCAAGGUGGGCUCUGUGGUGGCCGUGGGAUGGCUGCGGUCCAGAAAGGCGGUGGACUGGCGUCUGUUCAGGAACAUCUUCCUGGCUUGGUUUGUGACGGUGCCCAUCUCUGGCCUCAUCAGUGCUGCUAUCAUGGCCAUCUUCAUUUACGGCAUCCUGUGA